AUGGUAUACUAUCAGUUCUGCCAGCUGAAAACCAACGCGCUGUACACCACUAACGUUGACGGGGUACCAAAGCAAGUCCAGACCAAGAUUUUGGAAGCGAUCCAAGCCAAGCGGGACUUCGUCCACACCGAGACAAUGGGGUUUUCUUUUCUUUUGGAUCAUACCAAGAAAGUAUCGGACUUUGUGGACGCCAAUUUAGCUGACAGCAUUGAAACGUUGAAGACAUUAGCUGUGCAAUUGGAUAUCGUCUUGACGGAGGCUGAAAAAAUUCGCAUCGAUGCUGAAAGGGGGAACCGGUUGAUCGCAGCAAGGGUCGUGAAGCUCGUGCUCAUUUAUGCAAACGCAGGCGACAAGGAUGCCACGACUAGUAUCCUCAGCAAAGCGUUGGACGAAAGCGGGAGUGGGGAUGACGACGACGACGAGGUGCUGGAGGAGGAUUUCGAGCCGGAAAGCAGCGAUGAAUCCAUGGAGAGCAGCGGAGUUCGAAGUGAGGGCAGCGACUUCAACGCGUUCUCGUUCGAGGAUGCAAUGCAUAUUAUGGCAGCGAUGCAUCCGAUGUACUGCAAUAUGGCAGCGAUGCAUGCAUCUGCCCAACACUAA